AUGAACAUCCGCUGCGCAAAACCGGAGGACCUUAUGACCAUGCAGCACUGCAAUUUGCUCUGCUUGCCUGAAAACUAUCAGAUGAAAUAUUACUUUUACCAUGGACUCACAUGGCCUCAGCUUAGUUACGUGGCCGAGGACGACAAGGGCGGUAUUGUGGGCUAUGUGUUGGCCAAAAUGGAGGAGCCCGAGCCGAAUGAGGAGAGUCGUCAUGGGCAUAUUACCUCUUUAGCAGUAAAGCGUUCCUAUCGUCGAUUGGGUUUGGCCCAGAAGCUGAUGGACCAGGCCUCCCAGGCCAUGGUCGAGUGUUUCAAUGCUCAGUACGUGUCCCUUCACGUAAGAAAGAGCAAUCGGGCUGCCCUGAACCUGUACACCAACGCCCUCAAGUUUAAGAUCAUUGAGGUGGAGCCCAAGUACUAUGCCGAUGGCGAAGAUGCCUACGCUAUGCGUCGUGACCUCAGCGAGUUUGCCGACGAGGAUCAAGCCAAGGCUUCGAAGCAGGCGGGCGAGGAAGAGGACAAGGCGGCUCACAGAUCUAGUGGUCAUGGUCAUUCGCACAACCAUAGCGGUCAUGAUGGCCAUUGUUGCUGAACACUUACGCUGCAGGCUCAUGCGGGUUUCGACGUUUUUUUGCAUUUUUAUGCAUAGGGUUUUGUAAUUAAUUAACAUAUAAAACGUAACUAAAAUUAAACAGAAGUAAUGAC